CGCCGGGUGAUGCUCCGCCUCUACGCGUGCGCGGAUCUCCGGCCACGUCCUGGGGUCGAAAGCGCGGGUCUCCGCAGCCCCUGCUGCCGCGGGGCGCGCUGGAUAGCGGCGGGGUAGCGGGAUCCUGGUCUCUUCUCAAACACUCCUGAUGCCUCAUUUGCCUCUGUCCUCUUUUCGGCCACCACUUUGUGGGCUGAGGCUCUCACAGGGCCUCCCCAGGCCCCGUCCCCUUUCUACACAUGGAUCUUCCAUCUCUCGGAGGAACCGUGAAGCUAAGCAGAAGCGCCUACUGGAGAAGCAGGCAGCGCUGGAGGCUGGGAUAACUGGGAAGAACAAGUCACUUGCAGAACCCAGUAAGGCCUGGAGCCCUAAGGAGAUAGUAUUGUAUGAAAUCCCAACAGAACCUGGUGAAAAGAAAGAUGUCUCUGGACCCCUGCCUCCUGCUUACAGCCCCCGAUAUGUUGAGGCUGCCUGGUACCCGUGGUGGGUGCGAGAGGGCUUCUUCAAACCAGAAUAUCAGGCUCGGCUGCCCCAGGCUACAGGGGAAACUUUUUCCAUGUGUAUCCCACCUCCUAAUGUCACUGGCUCCCUGCACAUUGGCCAUGCACUCACAGUGGCCAUACAGGAUGCCCUUGUGCGCUGGCACAGGAUGCGUGGGGAUCAGGUGCUGUGGGUCCCUGGUUCAGAUCACGCAGGAAUUGCUACACAAGCUGUGGUGGAGAAACAACUGUGGAAGGAGCGGGGAGUGAGGAGGCACGACCUGGGACGGGAGGACUUUCUGAGGGAGGUGUGGCAGUGGAAGGAGGUGAAAGGAGGAGAGAUCUGUGAGCAGCUGCGUGCUCUGGGAGCCUCCCUGGACUGGGAUCGAGAGUGUUUUACUAUGGAUGCUGGCUCCUCAGUGGCUGUAACUGAAGCUUUUGUGCGACUCUACAAUGCGGGGUUGUUGUACCGGAACCGUCAGCUUGUCAACUGGUCCUGUGCUUUGCGAUCAGCUGUCUCGGAUAUUGAGGUGGAGAAUCGGCCCCUGCCUGGCCGUACGGAGCUCUGGCUGCCUGGUUGCCUCACCCCUGUGUCUUUUGGCCUCCUUGUUUCUGUUGCUUUUCCUGUGGAUGGAGAGCCUGAUACAGAGGUUGUGGUGGGAACCACAAGGCCAGAGACUUUGCCUGGAGAUGUGGCUGUGGCUGUUCACCCUGAAGACUCCAGAUAUACGCAUCUACACGGGCGACAGCUUCGUCAUCCCUUGACAGGGCAGCUUCUCCCCCUCAUCACAGACACUGCUGUUCAGGCACAUGUAGGCACAGGUGCAGUGAAAGUGACUCCAGCUCAUAGUCCCACUGAUGCUGAGAUGGGAGCCCGACAUGGCUUGAGUCCCCUGAGUGUCAUUGCGGAGGAUGGGACCAUGACCUCUCUUUGUGGGGAAUGGCUGCAGGGUCUUCACCGAUUUGUGGCCAGGGAAAAGAUUAUGUGUGCACUGAGCGAACGGGGCCAGAUCCGGGGCCUUCAGGACCACUCCAUGGUACUGCCUUUCUGCAGCCGUUCUGGGGACGUGAUAGAAUAUCUACUGAAGAGCCAGUGGUUUGUCCGCUGCCAGGAAAUGGGGGAUCGAGCUGCCAAGGCUGUGCAGUCUGGUGCCCUGGAGCUCUGUCCCUCCUUCCACCAGAAGAACUGGCGUCACUGGUUUGCUCACAUUGGGGACUGGUGUGUCUCCCGGCAGCUGUGGUGGGGCCAUCGGAUUCCAGCCUACCUGGUUAUGGAGGGGCAAGAAAAGGAUGACAGAGAAGAAUGCUGGGUGGUUGGGCGGUCAGAAGCCGAGGCCAGAGAGGUAGCAGCAAAACUGACAGGAAGUCCAGAGGCCGAGCUGACCUUAGAGAGGGACCCUGAUGUCCUGGAUACUUGGUUCUCUUCAGCUCUUUUUCCCUUUUCUGCCCUGGGCUGGCCCCACGAGACCCCAGACCUUGCUCGUUUCUACCCUCUGUCACUUUUGGAAACAGGCAGUGACCUCCUACUGUUCUGGGUGGGCCGAAUGGUCAUGUUGGGGACCCAGCUCACUGGUCAGCUCCCCUUCAGCAAGGUGCUCCUUCAUUCCAUGGUUCGGGACAGGCAGGGCCGGAAGAUGAGUAAAUCCCUGGGGAAUGUGCUGGACCCACGGGACAUCAUCAGUGGAGUGAAGCUGCAAGUGCUUCAGGCCAAGCUAAGAGAUGGGAACCUGGACCCUGCAGAGCUGGCCAUUGCAGCUGCAGCACAGAAAAAAGACUUUCCUCAUGGGAUCCCUGAGUGUGGGACAGAUGCCCUGAGAUUCACACUGUGCUCCCGUGGAGUCCUUGGAGACGACCUGCACCUGUCUGUCUCUGAGGUCCUGAGCUGCCGCCAUUUCUGCAACAAGAUCUGGAAUGCCCUGCGCUUUAUCCUCCAUGCUCUAGGGGAGAAUUUUGUACCCCAGUCUGCAGAGGAGCUAUCUCCCUCCUCCCCCAUGGAUGCCUGGAUCCUGAGCCGCCUGGCCCUUGCUGCCUGUGAGUGUGAGCGUGGCUUCCUCACCCAGGAGCUCUCGAUAGUCACUCACGCACUUCACCACUUCUGGCUCCAUAACCUCUGUGACAUCUACCUGGAGGCUGUGAAACCAGUGUUGUCCCUGGAGCCCUGUCCCCCUGGGCCUCCUCAGGUCCUCUUCUCCUGCGCAGAUAUUGGUCUCCGUCUCCUCGCACCGCUGAUGCCCUUCCUGGCUGAAGAGCUCUGGCAGAGGCUGCCCCCCAGGCCUGGUGGCACCCCUGUCCCCAGCAUCUGUGUUGCUCCCUAUCCCACUGCCCGUAGCCUGGAACACUGGCGCCAGCCUGCGUUGGAGCAGCACUUCUCCCAAGUCCAGGAGGCUGUGCAGGUGCUGCGGGCUCUCCGAGCCACCUACCAGCUCACCCAAGCCCGGCCCCGAGUGUUGCUGCAGAGCUCAGAGCCAGAAGAACAGGGCCUCUUCCAGGUCUUCCUGGAGCCUCUGGGCACCCUGAGCCACUGUGCAGCAGUGAGCCUUCUGCCCCCAGGAGCAGUAGCUCCCUCUGGAUGGGCUCAGGCCACACUCAGUGACACCAUUCAGGUCUACAUGGAGCUGCAGGGCCUGGUGGACCCUCAGACCCAGCUACCUCGCCUAGCCGCCCGAAGACUCAAGUUGCAGAAGCAGCUUGAUGGCCUCAUGGCCCAGACUGUAUCAGAAGGAGAGGCAGAGACACAGAGGCAGCAAAGGCUUUCCUCUCUCCAGCUGGAAUUGUCAAAACUGGACCAGGCAGCCUCUCACCUCCGGCAGCUGAUGGAUGAGGCUCCCAGCCCCAGGGAGCUCUGAGCUCUAACUUACAUCUUUCCUCCCUGAUCUGUCUGAUGGGACUUCAGAGACUACACGAUCUGUCCUCCUCAAAUUGUAAAUGAGGAAGCAGACCUGCCUGGUCAUGGGACUGAGGCAUCCUUAAGGUGUGCUGUUACCACCCAGCUUCCCUUUUGUGCAGUCCUACCUGCAAGUUUGGGAAUGAGAAGAUUCAUUCAGAUAAACUUAUAAAA